AUCAUGGUUAAGGAAAGAUGCGCGGUUUUUUACCUCAACGCCCUUGUGUUCGUGCUGAUGGGCGCCGAAGUGUCGGGUCUCUCGGACCCCGGUGCUGGAGCGCAGUCCGCCGAACACUUGGCGCAUCACGGCAACAUUUUAAGCCCGUUAUUGAAAGCCUUAUCCGAGCACGAGCCGUGGGGGAUUCACUUCCCGAGAGCUAGACCUGAUUCCAGAUACGUCCGGUUCAUGAAAAGGCUUUACAGACUGUCUACAAAGCAUGAGAGGAGCCACGAGGCGUCUCACCUUUACAACACGGUGCGCCUGAUCACAGCACGGCAGGAGUGUCUGGACCAGUGUGGAGAAUUUUUCAUGCAGGGCAUUUCUUACAGUCUGAACCGUGUACGAGCCCAGGAAGAGCUGCUCAAAUCGGUUCUGCUCUACUCCUUGGACCACAACCAUGCAGCCUCUCUCAUCUCUCACUGCUACCUGAACAUAAAGGAACAGACACCAUCAGACAUGCACGUAUGCCUCAGCUCUCCCAGCUCCCAGCACUCAAUGUCACCCAUCAGUUUCCAUUUCCGAGUCAACCGAGCCGGCCACCACAAGUGGCUGGAGGUGGAUGUGACGCCCUUCCUCCACCCUCUCAUCAAGGGCCACAAAAAUGACAUCCACCUACUCAUCAACCUCACCUGCCUAGACGAUGAACCAGGACAUCGCGCUUCCAGAUGCCUUGUGGAGCUCACGCACAUGGCUCCAUCUCUUUUGCUGUAUCUGAACGACACCAGUGAGGUGGCCUACCAGAGAGGUUUCUCUCACACUAGGCUGGGAGAAAUCCAAUCAAACCAUUGGGGUGAAAGUCUACAGAACCAGUAUUAUGGAUCUGGUAUCCACAGGCUGAAAUGGAGAGAUCGGAGGAGUGUUUCAGACACAACUCAAUUCUUCAAGUCAAGCAGUGAAAGUGGACCACUGUCCAAAUUCGAACACCCAACAGAUGACUGCGACCUCUAUGACUUCCGAGUGAGCUUCUCCCAGCUCAGACUAGACCACUGGAUCAUAGCGCCAUCCAAGUACAACCCCAGGUACUGCAAAGGCAUCUGUCCUCGUGUUGUGGGCCAUAUCUAUGGCUCGCCAGUGCACACAAUGGUACAGAACAUUAUUUAUGAGAAGCUGGACUCCUCCGUGCCCAGACCUUCUUGCGUUCCUUCUGAAUACGACCCUCUGAGUGUUUUGACCAUUGAAAAUGAUGGCUCUAUUGCAUAUAAGGAAUACGAAGAAAUGAUUGCUACAAAGUGUACAUGCCGCUAA